UUGGCGCUGAGGCCUCGCCGUCCUCAGAGCGGAGGCGGCCAUCACAGCGCCCUCCGUCGCGUCCCGGGGCGUCUCCCCCGCCCCGAGCUCCGGGCUGUGAGGCCGCCGACGGGAGGCAGCCAGUCGGGCGGCAGGCAGGAGCCGCGGCAGCGUCUUGAGCAGCAGGCACCAUGAUCGAGGUGGUGUGCAACGAUAGGCUGGGCAAGAAGGUCCGCGUCAAGUGCAACUCAGACGACACAAUCUGUGACCUGAAAAAGCUGAUUGCAGCCCAGACCGGCACCCGCUGGGACAAAAUCGUUCUCAAGAAAUGGUAUACCAUCUUCAAGAAUCACGUUACUUUGGGAGACUACGAAAUCCAUGAUGGCAUGAAUUUAGAGCUGUACUAUCAGUAGGGGUAUUUUCCCCAUGGCCUAAAUCCUUUCCACCUUUCUCCCCCUGUCCCGUCCCCCUUAAUUCCCCUCACACUGCCCCCCUCCCAUCCCCUCUGUCCCAUCACCACCAAAACCUUCAUUGGGCUAAUAAAAGGAAGAAUGUUUUAAGAGUUUUA